AGAUGUCACGUUGCAUCACUGUCCUGACGUCAUUGGCCCUACUACUAGCGGCUGCCCAUAGUUUGCCAAGGCAGUUGUCCAGCGGUGAUGAAUGUGACAUCUUGAGGCUGAAGGUGAGUCUUCAAUGUUAAAUCUUUAGCCUGAAGGUAAGUAUUUAAUGUGACAUCUUGAGGCUCAAGGUGAGUGUUUAAUGUGACAUCUUGAGGCUCAAGAUGAGUGUUUAAUGUGACAUCUUGAGGCUCAAGGUGAGUGUUUAAUGUUAAAUCUUAUGCUUGGAGGUGAGUGAUAAAUGUGACAUCUUGAGGCUGAAGGUGAGUGAUAUGUGUGACAUCUUGAGGCUGAAGGUGAGUGAUAAAUGUGACAUCUGGAGGCUGAAGGUGAGUGAUAAAUGUGACAUCUGGAGGCUGAAGGUGAGUGUUGAAUGUGAUGACGCUUCCUUAAUUUUUUAAGAUAACAAGACAUAAUGAUUUUUUUUUUAUAAGUCCCGUAACUGCAUUUUCUGAGUGUGCUGCAGCAUUCCCAAGGUGGUCUCUCUUUGUAAAGCUCUUUUAAAAAAAAAAUAACUUCACUUUUGUUCGUGGUUGUCAAAAUCUUCGGACGGCCUCCCACUUGCCGUCAAACUAUCGAGAUGAAACUUAGCACAUAGACUUGUUGCCAAUGACAACACAUUCUUUUCAGAUUUUGAGCCCGGAACCCCAACCCCCAAACCCCAAACCCCAAAAAACAGUUAGUCCUGUAUUUCAAGAGGAAGAUGAAGGAAAUAGGAUGACACUUGAUUUCACGAAAUAAAAAUACUGAUAACUGCGUUUAAUGAGAUUCUUAAAAAUAUAUCGCAAGUGCGUUUGGUGCGUAAUAUAUUCUUUUAUUUUCUGAAAUAGUUGGUGAAAUAAAUCUGCGGUGUGAUAGCGGGUGGGUCACUAGAAUAUUAAUAUAGUUCAGGGGCGUGAAAAAAAUGAGUUGUUACGAGCCUCAGAAAGCAUUUAUUCGGAAAUCUUUUGUUUGAGGGUUGGUGAAUCAACAUUUGACUUAUAAGUGUUCAAGAUCGAUUUCCGAGUGAUUGUGCUGAGCUAUUGUUGAUUAUGCAAUGCUUUUUUAAUGUUGUCUCUGUUAGCGUUAGUUACAGUGAUACAUAGCGCGGUAAAUCUUUGUUUGUUUGAAACGUUGAUUGUUUAAUGUAUCGUAUACUCGAACAGGCUCAAGAAAGUUUCGAUCUUGACAUCAGCGUGACAUCUGGAACUUUCGCUCCAAACUUUGACGAGACAAUGAAAUUCUCGGACCAAUCUCAAGUCAGAUUUCAGCUUCUUGUCCAGUACCUUGACUGUGUGUCCAGGAGACAAAAGUAGGUAUGGGAAAUAGGUGACCUUUUCUUCCUUUCAACCAUUUAUAGCUUUUUCUAUAUCACCGUUACAUGACCCUUGAUCCUUGCACUGAUAAUUUGUUUUUACAAACUUGGCUUAAUUUAUCUCGCCCAUAUACAAAAAGGCCCGGUUACAAAUAAGUAGCUCUAUAUAUAAAAUUUUGAGAAAUUUGUUAAAAUUUAAAAAAAAAUUAAAGUUCAAUGCUAAAGAAUUAAUGUUUUUUUUACAAAUUAAAUAUUUGAGAUGAUACAGAACUAUAUUUAUGUAAUCAGCUGAUGGAGUUAUUGAGAUGAUACAGAACUAUACUUAUGCAAGCAGCUCAUGAAGCUAACUGUAACAGAGCCAAUAAUUUUGAAACAUUUUCAAAGUAAUGUUAAAGUUGACUAAAAUUUUUAAAAAAAAUGAAAUAUACAAAGACGUAGUUAAUUAUAUUUCUUUACCUUUGAUCAGACAAUCUGUCUUUCAAAAGAUAGUAACCUUUUUUGUAUUUCUAUUUUUGUAGAGGACACAUUUUUGAGAAGUUCGUUGAUUCGCUGCAAAGAAUGACCUCGCUUGACCCAGGGCUCCUCAGCUCCGGUCCAUUGACAGAGUCUGAAGAUCAUCAUGAGGAUCAGAGUAAGCAAACCAAAGACACUUCAUUACCUUCACAACUUAAAGAUCUAUUCGAGGGUUUUAAAGAGGUCCGGUUUGACGAGCACACCAGUGGUAAAAUCAUCGUCAAUUUUGAUCGACUUAUAAGGAACAUGAGCAGUUUACGCAAGGUGGAAUCUCAUAGAGGUGAAUUUUAUCGUUAUAACAAAAACAUAGAAGAACAUGAAAGAUUCGACCAGCAGAAUUCAAGACAAAAAUUACAAAACAUUGGUGAGAGGAAUGUGGACAACGAUCCGAGUAUCCAGCUUGAUGUAGGAAAUUUUGAGAGAAACGAUCUGCACACAUUUAUAACUGAUAAUUUUGACGGGAAGGAUACUGGCAAUAAAGUUUAUCUAAACUUAAAGAACAAGGACUUUCCCAAAAUUGUCAAAAGAAACUUUGAUAGGAAGGGAAUUAAUACAUUUGUUCCAAAAAACUUCGACAGGGAGGAAAUUAAUAAAUUUGGUCCAAAAAACUUUGACAGGGAGGAAAUUAAUAAAUUUGUUCCAAAAAACUUUGACAAGGAGGAAAUUAAUAAAUUUGUUCCAAAAAACUUCGACAGGGAGGAAAUUAAUAAAUUUGUUC